AUGACACUUAUUAACACACAAAAUCCAGAGCUGGGUCUAUUCCUGAACAAUGAAGGGGAAGGUCCGGAGCUUUGCUUCAAAAACCCAAAAGAUCAAAGCGACAUUCCUUUCCGAGUCAAUGUUGCGAGUGCGGCUGAUGUCGAUCGCGCCGUUCAUAACGCUCGUACUGCAUUCAUUGGUGAGUGGGCCUCUUGGACUGGCGAGAGACGUGGGGAGGCUCUGUACAAGUUGGCAAAGCUUGUUGAUGAUAACAAACACGAGCUGGCCUACCUCGAGAGCAUUUGCAGUGGCAAGCCCUUGUCUGGUUUGCUCAUGGAAUUUGACAUGAUGACGGAAGCCAUAAAAUACUACGCCGGAUGGGCUGAUAAACUCAAGGGCGAAUCCUACUCACCAGAGAAAGGAUUCUACCGAAUAGUGAAGCGUGAACCACUCGGGGUCUGCUGCGGCAUCACCGCUUGGAAUGCUUCACUGUUGUUCGCAGCUUGGAAGUCUGUUCCGGCUCUCGCAACUGGCAACGUAAUCAUCAUCAAGCCAUCUGAAAAGUCACCACUCGGAACUGUCGCUCUUGCUGCAUUGUACAAGAAAGCCGGAUUUCCUUCAGGGGUGUUCCAAGUCCUUGUUGGAGCUGGAGACGUCGGUUCCUUGCUCUCAUCCCACAUGGACGUUGACAAAAUUUCGUUCACAGGAUCCACUGCCAUUGGACGCCGGGUUCAAGAGGCUUCAGCUAAAAGUAACCUCAAGCGUGUUACGCUAGAACUAGGCGGGAAGUCACCUGCGAUAGUGUUCGAUAACGCAAACCUUGAUCAAGCGUUGGCAUGGGUAACCGCUGGCAUUACAGCCAAUGCUGGCCAGGUCUGUGCUGCAACUUCACGACUAUUCAUACAAGCCUCGAUUUUUGACGCCUUCCUUGAACGUCUCCAGGCCAGCUUCGAGGCUAUCGCUCAGAAUCUGGGAAUGGACCCACUAGAUCCGAAAUCGCAAUAUGGGCCUGUUGUGGAUCAAUCUCAGUACGACAAAAUCUCGCAGAUAAUCCAAGAGGGCAAAAAGACAAACAAGGUCCUCACUGGCGGCGGUGACGAUAGCAAGGGCGGGAACUUUAUCGCCCCGACUAUUUUCGUUAAGCCAGACAAGCAGGCAAAGGUUUACAGAGAGGAGGUCUUCGGCCCUGUUCUUUGCGUUCAGUCAUUUGAAACCGAGGAUGAAGUUGUCAAAGAAGCGAACGACACAGAAUACGGACUUUCAGGUCAGGAAGCUUCAAACUCAUCCAGACAAGAAUCUCGCUAA